CUUUUCUCUUCCAUUCCAUAUAACCACUUUAGCUUUCCUAGUGGCAAUGGAAAACAGUCCCCAAUGCUCAGGUUUAUUCAGGUAGCUUACUACGAUCACGCCCUGCCCGGCGGCCCCUACGGCCUUAAAAUUUAAACCAAUCCACACACCGCCACCACACCUCCGCGGCUCCUCCGCAUCUCUGUCUCCGAGAUCUGCUUGCUUUUGCUCUACAAAAUGAGCGAGGUUUCCAAGAGUAAAGAUGGCGGAGCUCUUGUGGCGAGGCCGCCCGCCGCCGACCGCGAAUCUGUUUCACCUCCUGCAGCCCCCCUUUCCAAGGGUAAGAAGCUCAUAAUCAAAAGUGCUGAUAUGAAGGAAGAUAUGCAGAAAGAGGCCGUCAAUAUCGCUAUUGCAGCGUUCGAGCUGCACACCGUGGAGAAAGAUGUAGCUGAGCAUAUUAAAAAGGAGUUCGACAAAAACCAUGGCCCGACCUGGCAUUGCAUUGUUGGCAAAAAUUUUGGCUGUAUCAUUCUUAGUUUGGAGAGCUCAAUUGACAAGAUCAAGGGCCAAGGCCAUUGACGUUAUUCUUUAAGGGGAAGUUUAAGUGUAUUCACUUCAUACAAGAUUUCAUAAUGAGGCUUUGUGGAAGUGAUUGCUUAGAUAAGAGGGCAGAAGGGCUCUUGUAAAAGUGAAUCAUUCUUUGUUUCCGUUUGUAAUAGUCACUUGCUGCAAAUUGGAAAUAUGUCUCACCAUAAGACCAUAGCGUGACAAUCUAAUUCUCCCUUCUCAGCUCAACUUCAUUAUAUUUUGCCUCUCCCCUGUGAUUGAUAAUGAAAUUAUCGGACAUCAAAUGGGAUAUCACUAUAUUUUUUUUUUUGUUUUUCUUCCCUCCAGGGUCUUAUGUAACACAUGAAACAAACCACUUUGUCUACUUCUACUUGGAUACAAAAGCUGUACUUCUAUUCAAGUCUGGUUGAGCUUGGUUAUGAUAUUGACUGGGAAGAUACUGCAACGAAGAUAACAACAUUGGUGCAACAGCUUGCCCGUCGAAUGUAUUAUUUAUUGCUCAACUAAAGUGCAAAGCAUUUAUCUGGAAGUUAAUGUAUAAAUAAUUUGAUUUGUGAUUUCAGUAAUGGAACUUCAUUGGAUGGUUUCCAUCCUAGUUUCUGCGUCUUUAUAAAUGUAAAAAGAACUUGUGCAGUGGUGGCUAUUGUUGCCGCUUAGCUUGAUGACCUUGAUCACAUGUCAAUUUUCUAUCACAUUUGCUUGCUUUAGUACAUCCAUCAUUUGCAAUUGAGC